GGAACGGAAGGUUAAUUUACCUUCGCCCUCGUCCUGUGUCUCUCCACGAAAAUCCAGUCGCUUGCCUGGUGCAGCGGUACAGUGCUUCCCGGUCUCAUCGCUAUCCUCCUGCUCAUGAAAGAUAAACUUGGACAUGGUAAGGUAUGUUAUUUGGGUCUAUUCAGUACCUGUGGCAUAUUUUGAGGGUAGUCCUUCAUCGACAGCACUUAGAUGUGAGGGUUUAACUUGCCCCGAGGGUACCAAUAUGGAGGCCAAAAAUUAAAUAAAUAACUCGCGAUUUGGUCGGUAUCAUUAGCGGGAACCCGGGUUCCCGCCAAUUGUUUCACUUGGCAAUUUGCCAAAGAUGGACGAGACCGCGGCGCUGGGGCUGUCGUUCACGGCGCUCUGCUCCGUGCUCAAGGCCGUCGAGGCCACGCGCAACAACGACAAGAAGCUGGACCUGCUGUUCAGCAAGGAGCUGCGCUCGCAGGUGGGCGGCGGCGACCUGUACCCGCUCGUGCGGCUCGUGCUGCCCCAACUGGACCGCGAGCGCACGUACAUGCUCAAGGAGAAGAAGAUCGCCAAGAUCUACGUGCAAGUGCUGGGCCUGUCGCCAGCCAGCAAGGACGCACAAAAGCUCGAGCACUUCCACGACCCAAAGAUCGUCGACAGCAAGUCGGUCGGGGACUUUGCCGCUGUGCUCUACGAGGUCAUGCUCUACCGUAGUACGGCCAGUAAAUCCAGGCAGCAGCACACUUUAAAGGACGUUAAUGCGCUGCUAGACUCGCUGGUCCAAGCAGACAACAAUGCUACCAGGAAGAAGGUGAUCAUGAAGCUGGCGACCGAGUACUCUGCAGACGAGCAGAAGUGGAUCAUACGAGUGGUGCUGAAAGACCUCAAGAUCGGACUGCGCCAUGAAAGGGUGCUCAAGUUCAUCCAUCCCGACGCUAUGGAGAUGUACAACCACACAAAUGAUCUGCACAAGGUGUGCAGGGAGCUGCGGAACUCGGCGGUGAGGUAUGUGCCUCAACUGGAGCCAUUUCAAGUUUUCACGCCCAUGCUCGCCAAGCGAGUGAACUUUGGAGAGUGCAUCAGUGCAAUCAACGCGGACGCAUUUGUGAUGGAGCCCAAACUGGAUGGAGAGCGGAUCACGUGCCAUGUGCAAGGGAAGGAGGUGCAGUUCAUCUCGCGGAACGGAAUUAACUACACGGAGAAUUAUGCGCCCUCGAUUAAGCCGCAUGUGCUGUCGCAAUUGGAGCCUGGGGUGGAUUGCAUCUUGGACGGAGAGAUGAUGGUGUGGGAUAAUGUGGGGUAUCGCCUGCGUGAAUUCGGACUUCUGAAGAAUACUGCGAACGCCGUUCGCAAAGGAGAAGCGACAAAUCGAUGGUUGUGCUACGUGGUGUGGGAUGUGGUGUACCUUGGUGGAAGCCCGAAAGCUGAGCAGUUAAUUCGUGAGGUAUUCAAAGGGCCUGGUGAAAUUAGUGCUGUCAUGGGCCUGCCUCUUCAUGCGCGACGCAAGUUGUUACUCCGCAUUUUAAAGCCGCUUGACCACCGUAUCAUCAUUCUCGAGCAGAAGCUUGUCAACGACAAGUCUGCAAAAGAAAGACACAGCAAGGUCAUGGCAGAGGUGGAUGAACAGGUUUCUAAUGGAGGUGAGGGCGUCAUUAUGAAAGAUCUAAACGCUCAUUAUAUGUGUGGAGAAAGCAGUCGUAAGACGAAAAAGUGGUUGAAGCUGAAGCCAGAUUAUGCCGGAAUGACAACAGACCUGGAUGCAAUUAUCAUCGGCGGGUUUUAUGGUGUUGGAAGACGCCGUAGUGGCAACGUGUCAGUAUUUCUGUUGGGUGUACUAGCACACUCGCUAGAUGAAAACAGCGCGGCAAAAGCUACUGAACCGGGAGCUGCCUGUCCAACCGUGUACACGUUUGCGAAAGUUGGCACGGGCUACAACCUGGAUGAGCUGGAGCAAAUGCGCCAGGAGUUGGAACCAUAUUGGCAGCCGUGGGAUGACGACAACAUCCCACCUCAUUUGAAUGGCUGGAAGCCUCAAAAGAGCGAUUUACGGCCUGAUGUUUGGAUUGACCCGCGGCACUCCAAGAUUCUCGAAGUGUAUGGGUUUGAAUUGUCCUUCACAACGCUGUACUCGACUGGUCUGACCAUCCGUUUCCCUCGCUGCAAGGCCAUUCGCAACGACAAGGAAUGGUAUCAGUGUAUUAAUCUUCAGGAUCUAAAUGCCGCGCGAGGAAGUUUGUCAACGAAGCGUGCUUCGGAGGUCGCUCUGGGACAGAAGACUGCUACGGGACGCGUGAAGAAGCGCCAGACUAUUUCAUCUCGGCGCCCCAGUGGCGUCUUGCAAGGGUACUCUCGGGCAGAUUUGGAAGGUAUUGAACAAGAGCGAAAUGUUUUCGAAGGGAAGGAGUUCUGUGUGCUGCCUGGAAAAUACGAAGCACCUCCGUCCGACGUCGUCCCAGCGAUUCCAAGCGGUAUUGUCGAAGAUAACGCCAAGCAAUUGUCUAAGCAGACAGUUGAGAAGCUGCUCCAUGCGUUCGGAGGCACUAUUGUGCAGAAUCCUAUCGAAAGCACAGAUUACGUUGUGGCCGCUGGAGAUGCUGGAUUCAAAGUGGUGAAUUUGAAGAAGCAAGGCUUGUUCAACAUUGUGCACAUCAGGUGGAUAUUCACUUGUGUUGCAGUAGCUCGAUUGAUAUCGUUGAAGGCGGGCGACUUUGUAUACGCUACGGACUCACAACGCGAGCUUCUUGCGAAGGAAUAUGAUCACUACGGAGACCACUUCACGGAGCAUAUUGGACCCGCUGAUCUACGGCGCAUUAUUCGAGAGUUGUCCAGCGCUUACAUGUCUGAAAACCGGCUUGCUGCAGGCGAACGCCAUCCGCAGCCUUGGCAAGUCCAAAUGAAAGAUUUGGAGAUGGAAGAGGCCGAAGCGAUGGAUUGCGAGUACACCUUUUUGGCGCAUUGCGUGGUGUAUUUCCAACACUUCAGCAAUGAUGCAGACGCGGACGCUCUCUUGCUGGGCCAAACGAAGCUGCUCGAGCAGCAAUUGCGACUUUACGGAGGGGUGGUUGCAGGCGAGAUCGAUUCCUCUGUUACGCAUGUGGUGGUGGCCGAUCGGAUUCUAGCCCAACAAGCUCAACCAGCCAUCAGGAACCUACGUCACCAAGGCUUGCCAGAGCCACGCACAGUCACGAAGGAAUGGAUUGAGCAGUGUGUGGAGCAACGCACUCAAGUUCCUGACGACGACUUUGUUGUGUAUGUGUAGCUGUACGCAUCCAACAGAGCCCAACAACAUAUAAUUUAUAUUGAUCCGUUUAGUCUUCUCGCUCGUGCUCAUGCCAUAGACCUCUGGAGGGUUCUGGUUUCCAACAAGAUCCCCGCUUAUUGGAAGUGAGAAGCGUCAGCGCACCAGUCAAAGUCGCCGAAGUAGAAGUGGUUUUCAUCUUCGUCUGACAGAGCGCCCUGCGGUUCCCGCUCUUCGUACACGAGAUGGCCCUCGACUUGCUGGGAUGUGAACUGCUCUUCGAAGUUGGAGGUGUCAAGCUCGCUGGACAGCUUCGGGACGAUCGGUGGAGCCACUUGCUUCGUCUCGAGACGGUGCCAGCUUAUAUUGGCGAAGAACGGGUGGUCGAAGAUUUCUUGCAUCCCAUUGGGGCCAUUGCCAAGACGCUUAUCGGCGUCCUUGCGGAACAAACCCGACAGAAAGUCACAGAGGUCAGGGGAGAAGUGGCCCGGGAAGUUCGGCUCUUCCUCCUCAAUCUUGCGGAACAGCGUGGCAC